AUGCGCUUAUUUACGGAGAGAUUGAGGAUGAUGAUUGCUGUUUUGGAGGAAACUGUAACAUCAUGUGAGCUGGAAAGUAAAGCCAGAAGAGAGGCGGCAGUGAGGCUCAUGGGAGAGCUGGGUCAGGAGAAGAAAACAGCCAGCAGUGCCAAAGCACUUUAUGCAAUAAAAGAGUUAGAAGGCUUGGCGUUGGGAAGGUGGGGCAUUGAGACAGAGAAACAGGCCCUAAGUCAUUGCCUUGAAGCCAGAAGGAGAAUGAUAGAGGCAGCCAGGCAGGAGUCCCGCUGUAUGGAGAAACAAGCUAAGGAGCUUCAGGCGAAGGCUGAUCAGGGAAAAGUUCAGCUUUUCCUGGAAAAGGUGGCUGGUCUACCGCAGGAGAAGACAUCACAUGUUAUCCUCCUCACACAAGAAGAUGUUUUCACAGUCAAGGCAACCUCAGUAACAAGCUUGUGGAUUUCCGGUCAAAGUUUUCUCAAGUGUCGGGCCUGAUCGCCACAACUUUACCUUUCAAACGAGGAAAUCAUCAAACUACUGGAGGAACUUCUUCACCAUCUUCACCACCAUCAUGUCUGCCAUCACCAUGAUGCUUUACGCUGGCACUGCUUUACUCACCCAGAGCUUCCAGAAAGUUUUCCCACCCAGGAAUGGUUCUGUCUCAAGCUCUUCUGCUGCUGUAUGAAACCAUUCCUCUCUUAACACAAAAUGCAAUCUAUAAAACCUACAAAU